UUCAUUUUACAGUUUUUCCACUGAGAAAAAACAAUGAGACCACCGUACACGAAGUCUGACGAGAAAAAGAUCUUGGAUACACGACUGAAAGACUUUAUGGGAGAAGUCAAUCCAGUUGAUUUGCUUCCAUAUUUGCCUUGUUUAGAGCAGAUGGAUAAAGAGGCCAUUGAGGCUAAACAGAACAAUAUGGGACCAACAACGGCGAAUCAAAUUCUUGUAGAUCGGCUCAAAAGACGGAACAAAGGUUUUGUGCAGUUUGUAAGAGCCCUGAGGACAUCUGGAAACGAACACACUGCCUUGUUAGUUGAUCCUUACUACAUUUAUCCAAUUGACGAAGGGGACGAUGAAAUCGCUGUGCCGAAUGGCUCAGAGAUCGGUUAUAAAAGGAUUGGAACAGCAAUUGAUGUUAUUAUUAAAGGUAACCUAUCAGCAGAGACAAGUGGGGAUGAGGAAGAGCCUGAAAGCUGUUAUGCAGAGGAAAAGUAUUUGGCUGAACUUUACGAACAACAUUCAUCCAAAGAAAGCAAACAAAUGCGCAAGGAACUCCAGAAGUAUCUUCCCCAAGGAGCUGUUUUUGUUCAUACUGCUAAAGGUUCCAUCAUAACCACUAUCCGCUUGUCAACAAAAGAAGCAGCCGUAAAGCUGUGGGAUAUGUAUACUGAAGGAGAAUUCCAAAAAUCGUUACAACAUGUCUUAGUGGACGACACUUUUAAGAAACAUCAAAGGAUCCCAGAGAAACCGCUGAAACUGAACCUCAGUAUAAGCCAAGAGCGUUUUGUACAAAUUCAGGAAAAACUAGCCGAGAUCGAAGAAGAGCAAGAGAGAGAGGAGAAAAUGCGUAGCACCUUGUCAAGCAAGCAAGAGGACAGUGUUACUGACGAUGAUGGAUCUAUACCUGAGGUUGAAGAAGAAAUCGACAUUCCACCCGUGUAUCUGGGAAACAAGGCCAAUCCCUUUAGCGUAUGUGAGCUGGAGCUUAGAGAGUACCAGAAGGAAUUGGCAGAUCCAGCGCUGGAAGGCAAGAACACCAUUAUCUGUGCUCCAACCAACAGUGGAAAAACAUACGUGGCUAUAGAAAUAGCUAAAAACCAUCUUGAGUCAUUCAAAGCAAAGGCACCUACAGACAGCAGCCUUAGCAAAAAACCAAAGGUUGUCUUCAUUGUGAGCACUGUGAACCUUGUUUCUCAGCAAAAGGAGCGGUUUGAACUCUACCUGAGAGACAAGUAUUCCGUGGUUGAUAUUUCUGGGGCAAACGCAACCGAGAUCCCCCUUAAGUAUCUUCUACAAAACCAUGACAUCAUUGUUUUGACUGCCCAGAUACUUGUCAACGCUCUUACUUGUAAAUCUAAGGAGGAGCAAGUAAAUUUGGAAGAUAUCAGUCUUUUACUAUUUGACGAGUGCCACCAUGCACAUAAGGAGCAUUCCUACAACCGAAUCAUGGAAAGGUAUCUUGCCUUGAAAAAGCAGCCUCGAAACCAAGGAUCGCUGCCACAGGUUGUUGGUUUUACUGCAUCGCUUGGUACAGGAAAAGCUAAAAGUGUCGAGAAAGCAGAAGAACACAUACUUCUUGUUUCUGCCAACUUAGAUGCAGAAGUUAUUUCAACUGUGAAAAAAAAUCAGUCAGAGCUCAAAAAGUUCGCAAACGUUCCUGAACGAAAUGUAUAUCAACUUUCAACGACUGGAAAUGAUCCAUUUGAAAAGAUAAUUUCACAGGUUAUGAAGAACAUCGAAGCUAAAGUGAGAGGUAGAAGAGGAGAAGAAUCAACUUCUGCUCCCCCGGAUGACAGUAAGUCAUGUCAGCAGUAUCGCCAAUGGGUGGAAGAGCUCUCCAAAAAUUCUGUUGCAGAUGCGGACCGUUACCUUAUAACAUUUGCAGAACAUCUCCGCGAGUAUCACAUCGCCUUGACAAUCAACAAAAGCACAACUAUGAAAAAUGCUAAGAAACGCCUUGAGAAGUAUUUUGAAUCCUUGGAUAGGGAAAAAUUCCUACCUAUUGACAAAAGUUUGGAACGUCUGUUUCAGUGCGCAAUGGAGAUUUUGGAUAAGAAUGUAGCAGAGCACGGUGAGCCCGAGAAUCCAUUCUUAAUGAAACUGAAAGAAUUGCUCCUUCAACACUACAAAGGUGAUCCUGGGAUAACUGGGGAAAGCGACCAGGAACGACCAAGCGAAGAGGAUGACAAUUUUGCAGAACACACGCCAGACAAUAAAACUUCUGAUAAAAGCAGUGGUGAACAUAAAGACUGGAUAGGGCCUAAAGGUAUUCUGUUCACAAGAACACGAGAAUCAACGUCAGCCCUAGAGGACUGGAUUAAAGAGGAUGAACAACUGAGGGCUGUUCUAAGGCCAGAGGCUCUUGUAGGCAGUGGAGAUGGCAACAUUGGAAUGACACAGAAUGAGCAAGAGCGAGUAAUCAGUCGAUUCCACACCGGAGAGAAGAACCUUCUUCUAGCCACUAGUGUGGCAGAGGAAGGUUUGGACAUAAGAGAUUGUAAUUUUGUCAUCCGUUAUGAUAUGAUGGGCAACGAGAUCUCCAGUGUGCAGUCACGUGGCCGUGUCAGGGCAGACGAGGGUAUGUAUAGCGUGCUCGUGAGUGUGGAUUCUGGAGCAUUGAAAAGGGAAAACACAAACCGUUUUCGAGAAACCCUCAUGGUUGAAGCCCUAAGCAAGGUUCAAAACAUUUCCGAAAAAGACUUUCAGAGGAAAGUAAAGGCUAUACAGGAUAAGAACUUUCGGGAUCGCAAGCUGAAGAAGGGUGUAAUGGCCUUGAAAAAGUCAAAGCCUGUACCCGAUGAUGUCAACUUCCAUUGCCGGAAGUGCAAUGAAGCCGUUUGUCAGGCACAUGAUAUCCGACGCGUAAGAGAGACCUUCUAUGUGAUCAUCAACAGUGAUGUACGGGAGUCCAAGGUGGUCAUGAAGAUCUGUCCUAGUCCCAAGAAAAUUGAUGAUGUCGAAUUUAACAAGAAAAUCUAUUGCAAAAAGUGUGGUCAAGAUUGGGGUGUGACCGUUCGUAUCAAUGAUGUGGAGUGGUUGUGCAUCAAGAUUAGUAGCUUCGUUGUUCAGUUCCCGGGGCCAAAUCCUCAGCGAAUUAUGAAAAAGAAGUGGAAAGAUCUCCCUUUUGGCAUUGAAGAGGCAACAUUUGAAGAGCUCUGGCAACAAGCUGAACAUGAGGAUGAUGAUUUCUUCGAAGAUGAUCUCAGCGAUUUGCUUGAUUGACUUGGUCGCAUAUGGCAGUGCAAUGCUUCUUGUUAAUUUUGAGAUGUCAGUUAGUUAUCACAAACUUUGAAUUUGUUGCCUAGUUGAUGCGAUACGUUAUGUUAGAAUAAGAAAGGAAAGCCCUGGAUGUUAGUAAUCUAAUUUUGUCGUGGAAAUACGAGGUGUGACCAGCACUCUUGUUUAACUUUUAAAGUAAUUAUCGCCUAAGGGGUUAGUCGUACGAUCAAUAAAAAUUGUUAUUGACAUUGG